AUGGCUUUCGAAGAUACGCCAAACAACCCCACCACAACCGCAAAAUCCAGUGCUUUAGAACCCCGCAAAAAUCUUGACAUGGCACAACCAAUUGUUACAGUUCACAAUGAUAUUUCCGCUGCCCCAUUCACCAUAUGGUUGAAUGGAAAGAACUAUAGCACUUGGUCAAAGAUGAUGUUGCCUUAUGUGUCAGGCUAG